AAGAAUAUCUGCGCUAAACAGUUUGGCGAAGAUCUAUUAUAACGAUGAUCGUAUGAUAAUCACGUGGUUACCUUUCAACCAAUCGUUUGCCACAUUCUGAGAAUGUGAUUGGCUAAAGACAUAUCCAAUCACCGCAUGGCGUGUCAAAACUCUGCCAUUCCUCAUCCAUGUAACCGACCAAACCUAAUAUGCUUUUUAUACGCAGUUUGAUUUUUCCAGAUAUUCACUGAACUUCAAUGUCGAGGGGAAAAAUACCCUUCUCACGGUCACACGGUUAUCUACUAUCUCCUGGAGGAUCGGCAAAAAGAAGCAGUUUCCACUAAUUAGAUUGUUUUCUGCGACAAUACUGUUCGACAGAGAGCAUCAACUACUGUACUAUCAAUUUUUGAAGACUUGAAGAAUUCUAUGAAUUCAUUCUGUUGAUCAUACUUUGGAGCGGAAUAAUUCGCCCUGUUUUGUUUGUUUGUUUAUUUGUUUGAAAUGACCAUCAUUCUCACACACUGUCAAACCUGAACAUUUUAUAGACCUCAGUUCUCUUUUAUCGAGCAACACUUAGAUACUUUUUCAGGACCGAUUUUUUGGUAUAUGGAAACAUUUUUCUGUGCCGGUGGCUUGGAAAUGAAUGUGUCCACUAUUUUUUCCAUCGUAUUGUGCUUGAUCUCCUCAAGUCAAGCUGAGAGUUCCGGAGGUUACGAGGAUGACCACGAGACUUUCAGUCUCCGUCUCAGCGGUGGUGAGGAUAUGUACGAAGGAACGGUCGAAAUAAUGAAUACAGGUGAUAUGGAGCACCCCAAAUACGGCGCCAUAUGCGAUGACUCGUGGGAUAUUCAAGAUGCCAACGUCGUGUGCCGUAGCCUUGGUUUCCCCGGUGCUGACGUUGCCUGGAAAUACUCCCACUUCGGCUCCAGUUCGGGGGAAAUAAUAUACGAUGAGGUCGCUUGUACCGGAGAAGAGGAGAGCCUCACUUUUUGUCCCAAAUCGGAAAAAUGGACCACAGAUUGCAGUGAAUACGAGCACGCCGGAGUCACUUGUAAAAGAAUAAUACUUGCCACUGGACACCCUGAAGCAUUCUACGAUGGCGAUUGGCGAUAUAUUUUGAGUGAGGAAAAACCGUGGGGAUUCUCCAACGCGAUGGUCCUUUGCCGGUCGGCCGGCUAUGAGGUAGUCAUCUCCUCUGAUGAAACAGAUGUAUGGCCUCAAACACUUGCUGUACAAACGGGCAUGAUGGUGUCUUGCACUGGAAAGGAGACGACGAUCUUUGAAUGUGACAUCUCGAUCUAUGAGACAACCCAGCACACACCAGACCUAUUUCAUGCGGUUGUCGAAUGUGCGCAUGUUGAAUUAAUCGGUGGACGAACAGAAAAUGAAGGGAUUCUUGUCUUACAUCGUGAACAACAUCCUGCCGUACCAAUCACUCUUGAUAGAAUUGAUAAGGAAGGAGCACAAGAACUUUGCAGGAGAAUGGGAUUCGCUGAUGUUGUUCGCAUCAUCAAAAGCAGGUUCUCUCUGCACAUUUACUAUUCACUCUUCGACCUCUUGACGCAAUAUGAAGUAAUGGACAUGUCAUGUCUUGACGGUGAGCAUGACUGGUGGAACUGCGACCAGCUGGACAUGUCGUCUCUAUCAAACCCCGAUGUGUUUGCUGUCGGCCUUGUCUGUAGACCAUUCAACUCAAUCGCAAGCGUUACAUCUUUUGACCACUGGUCCAUGGAAAUGGUUUUGCCCAUCAUUCCUAUGAAGGAAGGAACUCCAGAUGAACCUCUGCAUUCGCCUUCUGCCGAUUGGCACUUUGGUAGCAUGACAACCACUACGACUACAGCCUCUCCUGCACACAUUCCGAUGAAUCACACUGGACACUCCCAUGAACACAGAAGAAGUGCACCAGAAGUGACAACCUGCACACUUUACGGGAGUUUUUUCUCGGGUAGCUUUGAUGACAUCACUUUGCACAAUUGUGACAUGUUCCAGGAUGAGCGAGGCCCAGUUAAUGAUGCUCUACUUGCUAUCUCUGGAACACAAGAGAUAACGUUUCCUCAGAUACCUGCAGGAGAAAAUGAUCAUGCACACCUUUUCUGUGUCGACGACCAAUGCCCGGAUGGGUUUGCCCUUGCCUAUUGGUUUACAUUACCGCCCUGUACAAAGCCAGCUUUAACCAUAUUCAUAACCAAUGGAUUGCAGAAAUGCUUUAAACUGGAAGCCGUGUCGCGAAUUCGUAUGAAAUAUGACGACAUCAACGAUGACGGACAGAUAACGUUGUCAACCGUGGACUGGGCAAUGGACGACAAACCUGAAUAUUCUUCGGAGUUGCUCUACUCCAGAACCUUCACAUCUACACCCUACGAGACCACGCCCUGUCCUGGGUGCCAAUGUAGGGAUCUGGUCUGGAACCACGUGGCCCUCAACAUCCAUCGACCAAACAUGACCUGUGAGUUAUACAUCAACGGGGAUUCCGAAGUAUUUGAUUGCAAACCCCUUCAAGGUUGUCUGUCCUCGGAGGAAGGACGUCUUAACCUUGUCGCACAACUAGGAACUGACGUUGGUUUGGACGAGGUGGGACUAUGGCAAAGGCCGCUUGAUGAGAACGAGGUGAAGUCAUUGUAUCACCAGCCAACUGAUAUCCCAGAAACCUUCACAGGAAUCCCGCUUUGGGCCGUACCGAAAAGGGAGAGAUCAAACAAUUGUCCAUGUGAAGAAGUGACAGCAAUGGAAGUCUUAGAGUAUGUAGAGGACAAGGAAGAGAUCGAUUCAAGCGAUUUGAUUCAAGUUGCAGAAUCGUUGUUGACGAUCACCAAUAAGACUGAUUUCUCUCUCAUCACUGAUAUGAGGCAAAAAUAUGAUGCCGUUCAGAGUUCUCUGGAUACCAUCUCUACCAUUGCUCAUCUCGGUGCUAAAAAGGUCAAGAAGUCCGCAGAGAAUACGGCUGAUCUCCAAGAAGUGGGACACAACAUUCUUGGUUCUCUCGAUCACUUGCAGAAUGCACUCCUCAAUGAUGGCACAAUCGUCUAUCCACUCAUCUCUGACCUAAUCGAAAUUGUAAUGGAACCAGCGGAACCAGAUAUGGACUUUUUGUAUCGCAGUGACGAGACUGGUAUAGGAGACGGUGGAACAAGCGUUCGCAUUCCGUCAGAAAACUUUAACAGUGGGUCUCGAGUGAGUGUGGCGCAUUUGAGAGAGUUCCCUGCCGCUUUUCUACCGACGAGACUAGCUCGGAGAAAUGGUUCUACGGUUCUCACUAAUGUGACGUCAUCUGUGAUCAGCGUCCACACUACUGGGGUUAAUGUAAAUUCCAUGAAGGAGAAUCUCAGUUUGACUAUUCCUCAUCGUCCAAACACGAUGAAACCGAAGGGUGCCUCGUUCUUAUGCGCAUUCUAUGAAACCAACUCUCGUCAUUUUUCUGCGAGGGGUUGUACGGUUGUACAAAGGAUCAGUAAUGACCAAUCAACAACCUGCUCGUGUAAUCACAUGACCAGCUUUGCUAUUCUGAUGGCUGUGACGGACAUUGCGAUUUCCCGCGGUAACGAACUUUCUUUGGACGUGAUCACCUACACAGGGUGUAGUUUGUCGAUUGUUGCACUCGUCUUUUCACUAAUUGUCAUCGGCGUAUCCAAAUUGAAGUCCAUUCGUAUUCGUAUUCUUACAAACCAGUGUGUAGCUAUGCUUCUUGCCCAGAGUCUGUUCAUUUCCGCAGUCAAGAAUGCCUCGGUCAACAAGGUGGCUUGCAAAGUGGUGGCGGUAUUUCUCCAUCUUUUCUUUCUCGCCGUAAUGUUUUGGAUGCUUGUCCAAGGUGUCUACAUGUACAGUAAGACCACCAUGUUGCAUAAAGCCGUUAUCCCUCUCAAGUACUUCAUCGUUGUUGGUUGGGGAGUACCGGUUGUUAUCGUUGCUGCCACUAUUGCAGCUGAUAUAAACUUUUAUGGCUCGGAAGACACAUGCUGGCUAAACAGGGAAAAUGGAGGGAUUUGGAUAUUUGUGGUUCCUGCUCUCGUCAUUGCAGUGAUCAAUGGUAUCAUAAUGAUCUUAACAGUGAGGGUUCUUAGGACGGUUAAGGUGUUUCAGAAUAAGACAGACCGAGAAAAGAUCAAGUCGACUGUAAAGGCGACUAUCGUGAUCUUACCCAUCCUUGGUGUGACGUGGAUAACAGGAAUACUAGUCAACAUAUCAGUCAUAUUUAGUUACCUCUUUGCCAUUUUCAACGCAUUCCAGGGAGUAUUUCUUUUCAUCAUGCAAAUCCUCAUUAAUGCCGAGAUCCGGUCUGCACUGCGCCUGCGCAAGAGUCGUAUUCUGCCAUUCAACACAUCGUCGAUUUUGGAUAGAACUGUUACGAGCAACAACACUGCUAGUACCAACAAGAGCCAUACGACCCGAACAGGUGUAGGAGUGGUUUCCAUUAGUGGCAGUCAGGGAAGUGUGAUUGGCGAACAAAUGCCUCCUGCGGAAUGAGGUUGCUUCGGAACGGCUGUAAAUCACCACGAUUGAUGUACUUUCACGAUUUUAUAUGAAUAUACAAUUCAUUUUUUAGAAAUCGGAUGUUUUAAGAGAGAACUUAUAUACGUGUAAAUAUUUUAUGGUAAAAAACCCAACUAACAAAGGAAUGAAUAAAUGAACAAAUUGAUUGAACGUAGAAAUAUUUUGUGUAUUUUUGUACCCCAUUCUUGGAACAAUACUUCAUCUUUUAAUGCUAAAUUUGAAAUGACAUUCUCAAUGAGUCAAUAAUAAUAUUUUGUAAAAUGAUAAAUUGCGGAUUCUCUGGACAUUAUUCUCCAGUUUAGCCUCUCUCAAUGUAUUUAGGGGUGUAAAGACUGAUUCUCCUUUCAUCUUUAUCCCCUAUUCUCUCGCUCUCUUUCUCUCUUCUACACUUUCUUUCAACUAUUUCCUAGUCUCUUCAAAACCUUUUCUCAUCAGUCCCUGCUUCCACUUUCUCCCUAUCCAAUAAAAUGAUCUAUCAACUUCUCCUAUCUGCACCUUUUUUCUCCUCGGUCCCGUUUAUUUAAAUGACAUUGGCUGGAAACAUAAUUUUACUAUUUAUACCACUAUUUACCACCAACAAAUCACAUUAAAGAAAACCUAAUAGUUCUUAUGCCAUUUGUUGUUCGCUUAAAUUUACAUCCUUUCAAGUCAUAUUUACCCGGUAAAUA